CAGAGAGCACUGUUUGCUUUCAACGCCCACCGUAUCGUCGCGCCUGACCCACGGCAUCCUCGAAAAUACGCAUAUAAUGGAGGCGGAUAAUGUGAGAGAACUAUGGAAAUCAAUGGAAGGAGGGAAGACAUUGGAGGAUCCCAUCAGUACGCCGUUCCCAAGCUUGCCCUUCCGGACGCCCUGCACCCUCGCCCCAAUGCCGCCCCCAUUUCGCACUGGAAUGGCCCGGACUACCUGUAUACACCGAGAGCAUAUGCUCCUGAAGACAUGCGACUCAAUCCCCUACCAACGCUCACCGCCAGCGACUGAAAAGCCUGGAAGUCUCGCGCGAAACCUUCGAACUCGCUAUCGUUGCCUGGUCGCGCUGCGUCCACAUCGAUGGAGCCCCAUGACCUUGGUGGUCCGCGCGCCCUUUUCCCCUUGGCGCGCGUAGAUUUCUCCUAGCCGCUCCUUUAUAUUUGGUGAAUUCCGAAUUGUGGAUCAAUGAAACCGCGCUCGAUGGCCAUCGACGGACGUGAUAAGGAGGUGUCUCUUAUAUACUGCAGAUGCAGGGCGCCUUCGUAGCAACGACCUCUUCCUCUUCCUCUCACGUCGCGCGCG